AUGGCCUGCAAGAUUGACAUUAAAAAGGCCUUUGAAACUUUGUGUUGGGACUUCUUACUGAAUGUUCUUAGGGUCGUGAGGUAUAGUGAUCGCUUCAUUAACUGGAUUGACAUCAUUCUUAGAUCGGCGCGGCUUUCGAUUCUCUACAAUGGGCAGCUUUAUGGUUGUUUUGCUUGCUCUCGUGGCGUGCGGCAGGGAGAUUCUCUUUCUCCUAUCCUUUUUGGGAUUGCAGAAGAUGCUUUAAGCAAGCUUUUCCAUAAUUGUGUUGGUUCUGGGCACCUCGCCCCGAUGCCUUUGCAACGGGGGGUGUCUUUCCCCACGCACUUGCUGUAUGUUGAUGAUAUCCUAGUUUUCUGUAUAGCUUCUGUCUCCAAUGCUGAAACUCUUCAUCGCAUCUUUGAGUAUUAUGGCUUGAUCUCAGGUCAUAUUGUUAGCAAGGAGAAAUCUCAGGUCUUAUUCUUUGACCGUGUCCCACCUCACACUAGACGUUUGAUUGCUCGCUGUUUGGAUUUCUCCAAAGGAACUUUUCCUUUCAUUUAUUUGGGUGUUCCUAUCUUUCGAGGGAAAGUUUGGGCUUAUCAUCUCCGCGCCAUUCAUGAUCGUAUUCUUGAUAAGUUCUCGAGAUGGAAGGGUCUUCACCUUUCUAUGGCAGGUAGGAUUUGUCUCGUUAAGAUCGUGAUUCAAAGCUCUAUCACACACUCGAUGAUGAUUUAUUGCUGGCCUAGGUCUCUUCUUAAAGAGCUGGAUUCCAAGUGUCGUAAUUUCAUUUGGAAGGGUGAUGUUAAUAAAAAGCCUACUUGUUCUGUCAGUUGGGCUCGACUUUGUGCUAUCAAGGAGGAAGGUGGGCUGGGUAUUCGCUCGUUCACCCUGAUGAACAAGUGCUUUCUCAUGAAGCUAGCCUGGAGAGUGACUGAUGGUCAGAGCUUUGGCUUUGACAUUAUACAUGCUAGGUAUCUUACUCGGUGCUGUAAGGUGAGGUCGCAAGCUUUAACCUCUAUGAUUUGGUUGGGUCUCCGUCAGGAAGUGGCUGGUUUGGUGCAUGAUUCUUAUAGCUAUAUUGGUGAUAGUGCCUCGACUCGCUUCUGGACUGAUGAUUGGCUGGGUUACCGCCUUGUCGAUAAGUGUGACAUCCCUUAUUUUAUGUAG